GCGGUGACAACAGUUGGAAUCAAGAUGGCAACGGCACUAGAGCUCAGCAGCACCGACAUACAGGGCCUGUGCCAGAAUUAUCUGCAUCAACAUGAAAUCCGCGACAGAUUCGAGAUUGUCAGCUACAAGCUGCAGCCCACGUCUGAUGCGCCGGCUGGAUUUCUGGGCAGCCACUUCUACCUGGAGGUGGUGCUGCGAUUGUCCGAAACUGUGGAGCAGAAACUGCGAUUCUUUUGCAAGGUGGCACCGGAGGGAAAUGCCACACGCAUGGAGUAUCUCGAGGCAUUCGGCGUAUUCCAGAAGGAGAUCGUCGUCUAUAAGAAAGUGUUGCCCGAGGUGCAGGCCGCAUGCACGGAGAUAGCACCCAAGUGCUACUAUGCGGACAAGAAUCUUCUGGUCUUUGAGAAUCUGAUCGAUCAGGGCUAUCGCAUGGGAACCGGUCGUGAUGGCCUGUUUAGCUAUGAGCAGCUGCACUGCUGCCUCAAGACCCUGGCCGCCAUGCACGCUGGCUCCAUCAUAAGAGACCAGAAGCAUGGCCCCAGGCAGCCUUUGAUGGAGAACGCGUAUCCAUCGAAUUUGCCGCCGGAGCAUUUGCGCAUUGUCAACUUCAAUCAGUCGUGUGAGGUGCUUAAGGAGUUCAUCAAGACAAUGCCCAAAUAUCAGAGUCAACUGGACUUCAUUCUGGCCAACUUUAAGCAGCGCAUGUCGCGAAUCUUUGAGCUGGCCAAGCCCUCCAAGACGCGCCUCAACACUCUGCUGCACGGCGAUCUCUGGGCGAACAACAUACUCUUCCAGUAUGGCAAAUAUGGCGAAACGCCGCUCCAAUGCCGCCUGGUGGACUUCCAGCUGGCCAGGUACGCGCCGCCCGCCAUGGAUCUACUAACGGUCCUCACCAUCCCGACGACGAGCCAGUUUCGUGCUGCCUAUCUCAACGAGCUGCUAGCCGAGUAUUAUCGCUUUAUGACUGAGUUUUUAAAGCGCGCCGGCCUAAACAUCGACGACUUCAUGACUGUGGCCGAGUUCGAGGAGUCUGUGGAAGAGUAUCGCAUCAUCGGUCUCAUCGAGAGCUGUCUCUUCUGCCAUUUGGUUAUACUGCCGCCAGCCAGCACUCAGGAGUUGACGGGUUCCGCUGACGGUUUUAGCGAUUUCUUUGAUCGCAAACGCAUCGAUAUCUGCAUGAAGGCCUUCAACUCCGAUCAGCUGUAUAGAGAUCGCCUAAUGGACAUGUUGGAGGAUUUUGUCGAUCAUUAUGUUCUACAAUCUUAGUAAAUUAGUUUAAGCU